AUGGGUAAUGGUAUUACAGAACGUUUCAAUAGCACUUUACUUUGUAUGCUUAGGACUUUGGAAAAUUCACAGAAAGCUGACUGGAAAAGCCACAUCAACUCCUUAGUCCAUGCGUACAAUUCCACAACCAACGAUACUACAGGAUACUCGCCAUUUUAUUUAAUGUUUGGCAGAGAGCCUAACCUACCAAUUGAUGUUAUCUUUGGGUUUAAGCAUCCUGAUGAGGAAGGUUGCAACACCAAAUAUAUUGAUAGAUUGAAGCAGCGGCUACAAGAGGCAUACAGACUAGCCAACACCGCAGUCAAGCAUUCCCAACAACGCCAGAAAGACCACUCCAAUUUAAGAGGACGAGCAGCUACUUUACAGGUCGGAGACCGUGUACUGGUUAAGAUUGUAGCAUAUGAUGGGAAACAUAAGAUUGCUGACAAAUGGGUAGAUGAGCCAUAUGUAGUCGUUGCCAAAGCUAAUGAAGACAUCCCUGUGUAUAAAGUCAGAAGAGAGGAUGGUGAAGGAAGAUUUAAAGUACUCCACAGAAAUCUUUUACUUCCAAUUGGUUCCAAAUUACAGAAACCUACACCUCCUCCAGCAAAACCGCCAAGAGGUAGAAGGAAGGCAGUGAGAAAAGAGGUACCAGUAGAAACAGUUUCUAUUGAGAAUUCUUAUUCAGAUUCUUUUGUAGCUUACCCUACAAUGCAGACAGAAGAUUCCCACACAGAUACUCCCAGUCAAGAUGGUGACGGCCAUUCCUUGACUGAGGAAGCUUCAGUUAUUGGUUCAGGAGAGGACGCUUUUCAACAGGAUGAACCUGUGGACCAUGCUGAAGAGGAUUAUGAAGAUGCCGAUGUUGAUGAAGACACUCAGCCUGAUGUUGAUGAAGAUUCUCAGUCUGAUGUUGAUGAAGAUGCUGAUGAUGUUGAUAUGCCUUCACAUCCUGAUCAUACUGAUCACCAGGAGGAUGAGCCUUCUACCCAAGUACCAGUACCAGCACCAAGAAGAUCAACAAGAGCCAAGAGUAAGCCACCAUGGACAAAGGAUUUCAUCAUGAUGAACCAGAGUGUGACGCAACCAGACUGGCUACAGAGAGCAAACUACAUAACGGUUUUGAUGCAACGAGGAACUUUACAGAGUGUGGACUCUAGUGUUUGCCAGUUGGCUUUAUUAAAUCUGGUUUCAUCAUCAUCCAAGUAA